UCUGCUUGAGUCUGCUCUAGUCUUCUUGGUGAAAACGUAUUCAAUACGUCGUAUUGUCAAAAGAAAAAAAAAUAUAUAUAAAUAAUAAUACAACAAUAUAUUUUGUGUGUUGCAUACAUAAUAAAAAAAGACUCAUCAUUAAUUAAUAAAUAAUUAUUGAUUCUCUAUAUUUAUGUAUGUGUAAUAAAUAAAUAAAUAAAUAAAUAAACAAUGGCAGUUCCAUCAGCAUCAAUUUCAACAAGAAAUAAAAAACAUUUUCUUGGUGUACCAGCACCUUUGGGCUAUGUUGCUGGUGUUGGAAGAGGAGCUACUGGAUUUACAACACGUUCAGAUAUUGGUCCAGCAAGAGAUGCAAAUGAUGUAUCUGAUGAUCGUCAUGCACCACCACCAAUAAAAAGAGCUAAAAAAAAAGAAGAAGAAGAAGAAGAAGAAGAUUUAAAUGAUUCAAAUUAUGAUGAUUUUAAUGGUUAUGGUGUAUCAUUAUUUAGUAAAGAUCCAUAUGAUAAAGAUGAUGAAGAAGCUGAUGCAAUUUAUGAAGAAAUUGAUAAAAGAAUGGAUGAAAAACGUAAAGAAUAUCGUGAAAAACGUUUACGUCAAGAAUUAGAACGUUAUCGUCAAGAAUGUCCAAAAAUACAACAACAAUUUUCUGAUUUAAAACGUGAACUUGUUAAUGUCAGUGAAAUGGAUUGGAAAAAUAUACCAGAAGUUGGUGAUGCACGUAAUCGUAAACAAAGAAAUCCACGUGCUGAAAAAUUUACACCAUUACCAGAUUCUAUAUUAUCACAUAAUCUUGGUGGUCAAACAACAACAAGUAUUGAUCCAUCAUUUUUAUCAUCACCUGGUAGUGGUAUGUUAACACCAACUGGUGAUUUAGAUUUACGUAAAAUUGGACAAGCACGUAAUACAUUAAUGAAUGUUAAACUUAUGCAAGCAUCUGAUUCAGUUGAAGGACAAACAGUUGUUGAUCCAAAAGGUUAUUUAACUGAUUUACAAAGUAUGAUACCAACAUAUGGUGGUGAUAUUAAUGAUAUUAAAAAAGCACGUUUAUUAUUAAAAUCAGUUAGAGAAACAAAUCCAAAGCAUCCACCAGCAUGGAUUGCAUCAGCAAGAUUAGAAGAAGUUACUGGUAAAUUACAAGCAGCUAGAAAUUUAAUAAUGAAAGGUUGUGAAGAUAAUCCAAUGUCUGAAGAUUUAUGGUUAGAAGCAGCACGUUUACAACCACCAGAUACAGCAAAAACUGUUAUUGCACAAUCAGUCAGACAUAUACCAACAUCUGUACGUAUAUGGAUUAAAGCUGCUGAUCUUGAGAGUAAAAUAGAAGCUAAAAGACGUGUAUAUCGUAAAGCACUUGAACAUAUACCACAUUCAGUUAGAUUAUGGAAAGCUGCUGUUGAACUUGAAGAACCUAAAGAAGCUAAAAUAUUACUUAGUCGUUCAGUUGAAUGUUGUCCAACAAGUGUUGAUUUAUGGUUAGCAUUGGCACGUCUUGAAACAUCUAAUAAUGCAAGAAAAGUACUUAAUAAAGCACGUAAAAAGAUACCAAAUGAUCGUCAAAUAUGGACAACAGCAGCAAAAUUAGAAGAAGCUAAUGGUAACAAACAUAUGGUUGAUAAAAUAAUUGAUCGUGCAAUAUCAUCAUUAAAAGCAAAUGGUGUUGAAAUAAAUCGUGAACAUUGGUUUAAAGAAGCUAUGGAAGCUGAAAAAUCAGGUGCUGUAUAUACAUGUCAAGUUAUUAUUAAAUCAAUAAUUGGUGUUGGUGUUGAAGAAGAAGAUAGAAAACAUACAUGGAUACAAGAUGCUGAAACAUGUACACAACAAGGUGCAUUAGAAUGUGCACGUUCAGUAUAUGCAUAUGCAUUAACAAUAUUUCCAGGUAAAAAAUCAAUAUGGUUACGUGCUGCAUAUUUUGAAAAACAAUAUGGUACACGUAAAUCAUUAGAAACAUUAUUACAAAGUGCUGUUAAACAUUGUCCUAAAAAUGAAACAUUAUGGUUAAUGGGCGCUAAAUCAAAAUGGCUUGCUAAUGAAGUAGACGCAGCAAGAUAUCUAUUAUCAUUGGCAUUUCAGGCAAAUGCAAAUUCCGAAGAAAUAUGGCUUGCUGCUGUUAAACUUGAAUCUGAAAAUUCUGAAUAUGAAAGAGCCCGACAAUUAUUAAAAAAAGCAAGAGAUUCAGCACCAACACCACGUGUUAUGAUGAAAAGUGUUAAAUUAGAAUGGGCAUUAAAUAAUCUUGAUGCUGCAUUGAAUUUAGUAAAUGAAGCACUUGAAAAAUUUGAUAAUUUUCCAAAGCUAUGGCUUAUGAAAGGACAAAUUGAAGAACAAAAAAAUAAUUAUACAGCAGCUCUUGAUACAUAUAAACAGGGUACUAAAAAAUGUCCAACAUCAAUACCAUUAUGGAAGCUAUUAGCUAAUUUAGAAAGACAAAUAAAUCCAAUAUCAACAGCAAGAUCAGUAUUGGAUAGGGGUCGUUUAAAAAAUCAAAAAAAUCCAGAACUUUGGCUUGAAGCUAUUAGAAUUGAAAUGAAAGGUGGUGUACGUCAUAUGGCACAUGCACUUAUGUCUAAAGCAUUACAAGAUUGUCCAAAAUCUGGUAUACUUUGGGCUGAAGCUAUAUUUAUGGAACCAAGAGCACAAAGAAAAACAAAAAGUGUUGAUGCAUUAAAAAAAUGUGAACAUGAUCCAAUUGUAUUACUUGCUGUAUCAAAAUUAUUUUGGUGUGAGCAUAAAAUAACAAAAUGUCGUGAUUGGUUUAAUCGUACAGUUAAAAUUGAUCCUGAUUAUGGUGAUGCAUGGGCAUAUUUUUAUAAAUUUGAAUUAUUAAAUGGUACACAAGAACAACAACAAGAAGUCCAAAAAAAAUGUAUUGCUGCUGAACCACAUCAUGGUGAAGAAUGGUGUAAAGUAUCUAAAAAUAUUGCAAAUUGGGUAUUAAAUACUGAACAAAUUUUAAAUAUUGUAGCGAAUGAAUUGCCAAUACCAAUUUAAUUUUUUCAUUAAAUAUAUAUUUUUUUUUUAUUUCAUAUAAAAUAAUAAUUAAAAAAAAAAAAAAAAAAAAA